AUGAAACCAGUGGCCUCUUUGCGGUUUGUUUGCUUGGCAUUCGCUUUUUCCUGGGAAAUAUCAACAAGAAACGUGGCGACAGGUUCCAAUCUUCACAUACCUCUUUACCGGAAGCAUGGGGUGCAGAAAGCUAGAAAGACCCAUCCAGAAGCUCUUCAGGCCUUUGCGCUCCGGAAUACUAAAGCUUUCCAGACCAAAUAUCUGCAUUCGACGCCAAGCGGUCAUUCUGACGGGGCAUCAAGACAAGUCUUGAAAACACCGCGACGUUCACUACCUGAUAAAGCACUUGAUUCUGUUGUUGUGGUAAUAUGGGCCGUAGAAGGGCAGGACCGUCACUUUUUAGACCAUUUGUGGCAUUGUUUUGAUCAACCUCUAUUGUUGGAAAUAGGAACACCCCCACAAACCUUCAACGUCGUACUAGAUACGGCUUCGGCCGAUCUUUGGGUUGCAGAAUGUUUUUAUGUGCUUCACGGAGCACAUAGACUCAACAGCAUAGAAAAUGGUCAAAACCCACCUGGCUCAUCCAUCAGGCACUUCGAAGUAAAGACGCCCUUGUGGUGGCAAAAGAAGUGUGGCAGUGCGGUGCUUGGGCGCCAAAUCCGACAAACUCUUGAGAAUGGCCACUCCAUGGAACAUAGACUUAUGUAA